AUGGAACUCGAGGGGGGGCUGAAAAGGAAAGACACUACCAAAGGUCCGCCUUUGCGGAUUCUCUCUCUCGAUGGCGGGGGUGUUCGAGGCUAUUCUAUGAUUAUCAUUCUGCAGGAGUUGAUGCACCGGACCUACGUCGAAAUCGAAGGCAAGGCCCCGCGGCGCGACCAGAUCCCGAAGCCAUGCGACCAUUUCGACCUGAUAGUCGGCACCGGCACUGGCGGCCUCAUCGCCAUCAUGCUGGGCCGCCUGAGGCUGGACCUGGAGCAGUGCAAGGAGCUGUAUGUGCGCAUGACGAGGAUGGUAUUCGAGACGGACAAGACCAUCGCCGGCAUCCCCUACCGAUCGACGCUCUUCAAGGCCUCGAUGCUGGAACAGGCCAUCAAGGAGGCGGUGAGAGAGCACACGGUGGACGACGCUGAGGGCAACGACGGCACGGCCUCCAGCCUCACCAGCCCGCUCUCUGCGGCCACGAGAUCCAGCGCGGCAUCGGCCGUGAGGCGGCACUCCAGCAACGCGAGUGUUGUCAGCUUUAGCGCCCGGAGUCCGACGGCGCAGAUGGCCAGGCCAGCAUUUCACGGCGGAUACGGUGAUCCCAACGCCAAACUGUACGACGAGAGGGAAAACAGGACAAAAACCGCUGUCACGGCUUAUUACAAAGGCACUCAGAGAGGCGGAGAUCCGGCGCUGCUGCGCUCUUACGAUUCGAGAAAGGAACCGGCACCGGAAUACGACUGCAAGAUCUGGGAAGCUGGACGGGCCACGUCCGCCAUUGGACUUGCUUUCAAGCCCAUCAGGGUAGGGCAGUCGCUCUUCCACGAUGACGGGGGCGGCACAUUCAACCCGUCUCCUCACGCCCUCGACGAAGCGACCGUGAACGAGUGGCCAGGACGUGAGGUCGGUGUAUUCGUCAGUGUCGGCACGGGAAAGCGACCCCGGGGCACUGAACAAAACUCGCACGUAUGGUAUGAAGGUUUUAUGGGCGAGUUUGCCGAGGCGAGAAAGAAGCUCAUCCAGAAAAUCGAGGGAUGCGAGACUAUCCACGAAUACAUGAAGAAGGAGCACCUGAUGAAGCGCGGUGUCAACGCCGAGAACUAUUACCGGCUGAACGUCGAAGUCGGAGUCGGCGAGUUUGGUAUGAACGAAUGGCAUCGUCUCUCAGAAAUCAGCACUGGAACCAGGAGAUAUAUGGGUCGACCGGACGAGCAGAAGAUGAUCCAGGGGUCCUCAACAAAGCUGGCCAAAAUCCACCGAGCGAAACAACGCUACGAGAGGAUGAGCAAUGUUCCGGAAAUUGUCUCACCUCCCGUCACGUCGUCUUAUUACUCCUCUUCGUUGAACACUCCGCUGGCAGUCGAGCUUCCUGGUGAUUUCCCAGCGCCAAUGGCAAUCCAAAAUACGCCUCCCAGUCGGCAAUCUUACGACUCGGGAACGGAUCGACUCUCCCUGCCCGGGGCCGCUAACACCCCGUCGCCGCGGAGCUCAAACGAACGUAUGCGGCCAGCAACCAGCCACGCAUCCCCUCCUCUACAACCGGUGAGGCCGCAUCAGCCGCCGGCACAGAGCCCACUCGUAUCUGCAACCAAGCCGCCAUCGGACGACCCGGACCGCCUCGUGGUGACUGCGCCAACUCCUUCGCAGUACCGCAACGGCUCAGGCGCCGACAAGAUUAUGAUCACAAGCGCGGACGAACAUCCUCGCAGGCAGCACACGAUGCCCAUUGUGCAGAAUUCCCCGCAGCAAGCACAGCGCAUAGAGCCACUUGCUCCGCCAAGGCCUCCGAAAACGCCGUUAUUGGAGGAGAGUAAGGGACCAGGCAGCCGCCGGCCAGCGAACGGUUCGGCUCUUCCAUAUCCCAUGGAUGACGACCAACCACCACCGGCGGUGAACAUGGCCAAGAAACCCAACUACAGGGGCCGGUAA